GGUUACUGGCUAUGGCAGCCUCUGAAAUAAAUAGGUGUUUUGAAACUGCUCAGACACUGAAGAGGACCAGAGGAGUGGGCUGCAAGAAUGGCACAUGAUAAGGCAUCUCCAGUGGAAAGUUCUUGGAAAAUUGAUGAAGAAUACCACAUAGAUGAAGAUGUGGGCUUUGCUCUGCCAAAUCCACUGGAGGAACUACCUCACCCUUAUGAUGACUGGAUUUCCAUUGCUAAAAAUCUGCCAGCACUGAUUGAGAAGGACCAGUUACGUGCAGAAGUUGAGAAGUUAAAGAUGCUCAGCAUUGAUGACCUCCAAGGGCACAAGUCGCAGCGCCUGGCACAUCUGGCCCUGGGGUAUAUCACCAUGGCAUAUGUAUGGAAUAAAGGUGAUGGAGAUAUCUGUAAGGUCCUGCCAAGCAAUAUUGCUAUUCCUUACUGCAGACUCUCUGAGAAGCUGGGACUGCCUCCUAUUCUGGUUUAUGCAGACUGUGUCUUGGCCAACUGGAAGAAAAAGGAUCCCAGCGGGCCCAUGACUUAUGAGAACAUGGACAUUCUGUUCUCAUUUCCUGGUGGGGACUGCGGUAAAGGAUUCUUCCUGAUUUCUUUACUGGUGGAACUAGCAGCUGCUUCUGCAAUCAAAGAAAUUCCGAUUAUAUUCAAAGCAGUACAACAUCAGGACCAGGACACUUUGCAAAAGGCACUGAUUGAUAUAACUUCUUGUCUACGCAACGCCCUUGAAGUGUUUCACCAAAUUCAUGACUACGUGGACCCAAAAGAAUUUUUUGGUAUUCUUCGCAUAUACUUGUCUGGCUGGAAAGGCAACCCCCAGCUGUCAGAAGGUCUGCUCUAUGAAGGCGUCUGGGACACCCCAAAGAAGUUCGCUGGGGGCAGUGCAGCCCAAAGCAGCAUCUUUCAGUGCUUCGAUGUUCUGCUGGGGGUCAAGCAGAGUGCUGGUGAAAAAUCUGCUGCUGAAUUCCUCCAGGAAAUGAGAACAUAUAUGCCACCAGCUCACCAAAACUUUCUUCGCUCAUUAGAGUCAGGCCCCUCAGUCCGUGAGUUUGUCCUUUCAGAAGGUAAUGAUAGCCUGCAGGCAGCUUAUAAUGACUGUGUGAAAGCUAUGGUCUCCCUGAGAAGCUACCAUUUGCAAAUAGUUACUAAGUACAUUGUGAUUCCUGCACACCAGCAGUCCAUGAAAAACCAAACACCUGAAGAGCUAUCAGAAAAGGAAAAUAAAGGAACUGGAGGCACUGAUGUCAUGCAAUUCCUAAAGUCUGUAAGAAGAACAACUGAGAUCGCCUUAUUGAAGGAAGAAUAAUGAAACCUAGGUAUGGGUACAUUUUGUCAAGACAAAGAUGUCUGUGUAUAUUAAUGUGACUGCUCAUUAUAUCAGGCCCAUGAAUUAUUAAUAUGCAGCUUCUUAACAGUACAUUAUAAAAGAUUUCAAAAUAAUUUUUUCUGAUAUAUGUGCAUUGCUUGUAUGAAAACAAUAAAAAGCAAUUAUAUUAGAA